UAUAAAGGAUAUAUAGAAAUUGACAGAAAAUAUUUAAAAGAAGCAGAGAAAACAUUAAGGGAGCAUUUUAAGGAGUUAGAUGAGAUUGAGGAUGGCGACCCAGAAAUGCUGCGGGAUGAAUUAGGGGAAAUAAAUAGAUUUCUGGGUAGAAAAGAUUAUCGAGAGGAUAAUUUUAAAAUAUCCGAGUUGAUAAAUGAAUUAGCCAAAGAAGAGGGAAAAAAAUGCGGUAGUUGUGAUAAAAAAAUAGAGGAGGAUGAUAUUGUUAAGUGUCAAGGCUGUAAAUAUUAUUUUUGUAGUAAUACAUGCUGGGGUGAAGGCGACGAGGAUUUUUGUCAGGAUUGUUUAAAAGGCGAUGACAAAAGUGGCCGACAAUUAGGGUCAAAAUUACUGCCCCUCUCUAAAAACGGGGGGCGAAACGAGGGGCAGGCUCAACAAAAAGAGGCAACCAGUUUAAAAAUGGAU